UGUUUUUCUUGCUUCUAGGAUCCUCCCCCCAUUGUGUGUGUUCUUUCUCUUCCUCUUUCAAAAAUUUCUUCAAGUCGUUGUAUCUCGCUGCAAUCCAUCUCCUGGACGGAGAAGUCUUUGAAAGGAUAGUUAUUUGUCGCUCAGUGUCAGAAGAGUCAAUGGAAUUGAGGGCAACCGAAUCGCAAAGCUCUCUUCCACUGAAGCUUUGAAAGACAAAAGAUCACGCUUUGGAACGUGUCGUAUCCAUCUUCUUUUCUUUGCUGGUUUCUACGUACAUGGCACACUCUUUUCGACUUUCUUCUUUGAUAACUUGCUUGUAUUAAGUUUCCCAAACUUCCCCUCUUUUCUCUUUUUCUAUCUCUCUUUCUCUCUCAAAGCUGAUCCAGGCAACACGGUGUAGUUAAUGGUACCAGGCCAGAGAUGGAAAAGGGACAAGACAGCGUGAAAGAGAAUCGAGAGAUAGAUCUGUCGCUGAAGCCACUCGCAGAGCAAAGCUUGAUUGCUGGCGAGAAGCUCCACUCUCCUGGAAGCACCAGCACGCCGUCGCAGGAUCACAGCCAAGCUCCGGAUGACCGUGAUCGUCACGAGGGCGAUGGCGAUAGUGGUGAUCUCAAGACAAUAAAAAUGAUCAAAGACGAGCACGUUAACUCAUAUCGGUGUGGUCUGGUCGGCUGCGACGCCACAUUCGCGGAUCAAUGGGCGAUGCACCGACACAGUCUCAGUGCGCACGGCGAUAAGCCCACAGUGGAAGAAAAUAGCCGACUGGAGAAACCAAGCGUCAAAGUGGAGAUGCAAGACCAGCUUGCGAUGGCUCAAACGGAGCUCCAGCGCAUGAACGAGGAGAACGAGAAACUCAAAGUCAUGCUCAAUCAUAUGUCGGGCGAGUACUACAACCUCCAAAUGCAAAUGGCCGCCGCUGCCCAGCAGCAGCAGUCCCCGGAUCAAGCCACCACCCACAAGCAGCUCCUAUCCCAAGUUUCGUUUCCAGCGAUGCAGCCAAUUCUCGAGGAGCCAUCAUCCUCGGGUCCAGUGAACACCACUCUUGGGCUCAGCUCGUCUUCCACCGACAGACCCAGCCCGAAGCGACGAAACCGGCCAGUCUCCCUCUCCGACGCCGACUUCGAUAUCUGCAGUGCCAAGAAGGUUUCCAAGACCACCCUCAGCUCCAGCCUGCUCGCGGACCAGGACAGUGACAAAACCGAGAGCACUGGAGCAGCCAGGAGAUCAUCCACUCACCAGGACCCCCUGAGCAAAGAUCACCACUUCAAAUCAUCGCUGGGAGCCCCCGCGAGGCCUGUUCUGAUGGCCAAGGAUCACGCCUCCGCCGAGAGCAGCAGUGCGGCCAAGACGACAAUCAUGAGCAAUAUGGCGGGGAGGAAAGAGAAAGAUCGAUCCGAGGGAGGCGAGUGGGCUGAUCCGCCCAGUAAGGCCAUGAAAUCCUCCUCUAUUUCUGCUAGCGCUGCUGGGGCCGCGGGAGGAUCGAUCGACCACCCGGAUCCAGUCGUCCGGAAGGCACGGGUCUCAGUUCGAGCCAGAUCAGACGCUCCAACCAUGAACGAUGGCUGCCAGUGGAGGAAGUACGGACAAAAGAUGGCGAAGGGAAACCCAUGCCCUCGAGCGUACUAUCGCUGCACGGUAGCACCGGGUUGUCCAGUUCGAAAGCAGGUCCAAAGGUGUGCCGACGAUAUGUCCAUCUUGAUCACCACUUACGAGGGCAGUCACAACCAUCCUCUCCCUCCGGCAGCCACGGCUAUGGCGUCCACCACUUCCGCCGCCGCUUGCAUGCUCCUCUCGGGCUCCACUCUGAGCGAGAGUGUAAUCAACAGCUCAAACGGCUCACCUUACAUGGCCGAUCACCACGGCCACCAUUUGGCCGCCGCGGGAUCAUCCAACCCCACCAUUUGUGCCUCGUCCCCGUUUCCAACUAUCACGCUCGAUCUCACAAGUAGCAACUCCGCUGCAGCCCAGCUCGGCUUCCGUGGAUCGCCCUUCGCCCACAAUCCGGGAGGAGCAAUGCUCACAACCGGCGCCUUCCACCACUCGACGAGAUCACCAUAUAACUUCUUGAGCGAGCUCGCGCCAAUCCAAAACUCGUCAGCUCCACUUUCUUCCCGGUCCAGAAUGAGCGCCAGCACUGCUCAUCAAGCAAUGGAUCCCAUCAACGCCGCCACCGCUGCCAUCACGGCGGAUCCAAACUUUACCGCGGCACUGGCAGCGGCGCUUACGUCCAUGAUCGGGCAGUCGAGCACUGGAACAAAUGCUUACAGCAGUGAGCUAGCACUGCGUGGUGUUCCCGGAGCCACGCUCUCGGGCUUGCUUAGCUCCGCUCUUCAUUCUUACAACUCUGGCCAGGCUCCCACGCAUUUGAGCAUCACAAGUGGCUCGGCAGAUCAAGCAGCGGCGAAACCAGUUGUGAUCACGGACAGAAAACACAACGCAACGCUGUAGAAUCAGUCAGUGGAGGCUGUAGAGGAUAAAACAAAGCCUUCCAAUAGUUUUGACAGCUAAUGCUUACCAAAUACUUUUGGUUUGCUGAAGCAAACCUUCCUAGCAUAGAUAUCCACUUAGUUUACUAAU